CCGGAGUGAAAACAGAGUGACACCAAGCGCGUGCGUGUCUGUUGCGACCGCGACGCUUGAUUUAAAAAACUCGCGUGUUCCCGUGAGCAACGAGGAGUGUCCUUACCGGAGCGGAGACUCGUUUACCGGGAUUAAUUCAAGAGAACCGGAGCAGAGACUCGUUUACCGGGAUCAAGAGAACCGGACCGGUUGCCGAAGGUGCCGAACCCAGUCCCGCUGAUCAUUAAUAAUCAUCAUCAUCAUCAACUUCCACAGAUAAUCACAGUUCUGCUUUAUUAAGGAUCAGCUGUUCUCCUCUUCUUCCUCAGGAUCAGCUGUUCUUCCUCAGGAUCAGCUGUUCUCCUCCUCUUCCUCAGGAUCAGCUGUUCUUCCUCAGGAUGGUGUUCUUCACGUGCGACGCCUGCGGAGAGUCUCUAAAGAAAGCUCAGGUGGAGAAGCACCUGCUGAAGUGCCGCGGCUGUCGAGUUCUGUCCUGCAUCGACUGCGGGAACGACUUCCGAGGUGACGAUUACAAGAACCACAACAAGUGCAUCAGUGAGGAUCAGAAGUAUGGAGGCAAAGACUUCCAGGCGAAGGCGAACAAAGGCGACGUGAAGCAGCAGCAGUGGAUUCAGAGGAUCCAGGAGGCGUCGGAUCGGCCCGGUGUUCAGCCCAGACUCCAGCAGGUCCUGCGGCAGGUCGCCGCCUACGGGAACGUUCCCCGGAAGAGAGCCAAGUUCCAGAACUGGAUGAAGAACAGCCUGAAGAUCCACAGUCCCGAGUUACUGGAGCAGGUGUGGGAGAUCUUCUCUGCGGCCGACAGCGACUGCAACCAAACGACAGAAGAACACAAACCGAACCGAAGCGAGCCGACCAACGGCACUGAGACUAAUGAAGGAAAGAGGGAAGAGCGGAAGGAUAAAAAGAGAGAGAGCGAGAGAGAGACAUCAGAGCAGCAGAACGGAAAGAAACAGAGCAGGAAGAAGAGGAAACGAGAGGAAAGAGGACAGGACACGGAGGAGAAGACCAAGAAAAGGAGAGAAGAGCCGUCUGAUGAGAGCCAGGAUCUGGAGGGGGAGGAGCCAGAGAACCAGCAGUCCGAAUCAAACUCUACAGGGAAGUUUAACUGGAAAGGGACGAUCAAGGCGGUUCUGCGCGACGCUCCUGAGGACGGCCUCGCCGUGAAGAAGCUCCGCAAGAAGGUUUUAGCUGCUUAUUAUUCGUUUACUGGAGAUGGAAACUACAGAUCGGAAGAGGAGCUUCUGUCUCUGUUCAACAAGAAGAUCAACAACAACCCCAAGUUUAAGACGCUGAAGGAGAAGGUGCGGCUGGUGAAGUGACGGGGUCAUCAUCAUCUCCUGCUGGACGUCCGGCUCCGAAAUAUGAUUAAUGCCUUAAAACAGUCACAUCAAGAACAAUUUCUCUAUAUGGCUCAUUAAUAAAACAUACUAUGUACAAGCAGGCAAAGCAAAUGCGUAGUUUUACGCUGUUUAAAACCGUAUAAAGUGUUUAAUGUAACUGGGCGCUCUACUUGUGUAUAGAGAAUUAGGUGUAUACUGAGUUUGGUGUUUUAAUAAAACUGUCUUAAUUCAUCAA